AAAAAAAAGCGGCAACCCAUCCUGAAAAGUGACAACCGUGUCCAUGCCUUCGACUCCGAGUCCAACCCUUUAAAUAUUAACUCGAUUUUCUGCAACGGUUUGGUUUUUCAAAUCAGAGUAAUAGAAAGAAAGAAAUGGAUAGAAAAGCGGCGGAGAUAGGAGCAUUAGAAAAUGAAAAUGAAACGCAGCAAGAUAAAGAUCAAGAAGAACAGGUAGUGAAUCCAUGGGAAGUUUCGGCCAAAGAAGGAGGCAAGAUCGACUACGACAAGCUCAUCGACAAGUUUGGCUGUCAAAGGCUCGACCCUUCCCUCAUCGAUCGCGUCGAGCGUCUCACCUCCCGCCGCGCCCACGUCUUCCUCCGCCGCGGCGUCUUCUUUGCCCACCGAGAUUUCAAUGAUAUACUGGAUGCAUUCGAGAGGGGAGAGAAGUUUUAUCUAUACACGGGAAGAGGACCUUCCUCUGAAGCUUUGCACUUAGGGCAUUUGAUUCCCUUUAUGUUCACUCAAUAUUUGCAAGAGGUCUUUAAGGUUCCACUUGUUAUACAAUUAACUGAUGACGAGAAGUUCCUGUGGAAAAAUCUGACGGUGGAGGAGUGCAGGAGACUAGCGAGGGAGAAUGCUAAGGACAUCAUUGCUUGUGGUUUUGACAUUAGGAGAACCUUCAUCUUUUCUGAUUUUGAUUAUGUUGGAGGUGCAUUCUAUAGGAAUAUGGUGGAAAUUUCAAAGCGUGUGACAUGUAAUCAAGUUGUGGGCAUUUUUGGUUUUAUUGGUGAAGAUCAUAUUGGAAAAUAUAGUUUUCCACCUGUACAGGCAGCUCCCUCAUUUCCUAGUUCAUUUCCGCACCUAUUUUCUGGCAAGGACAAUCUCCGUUGCUUAAUUCCUUGUGCAAUUGACCAGGAUCCUUAUUUUAGAAUGACACGAGACGUUGCUCCUCGAAUCGGAUAUCACAAGCCUGCAUUGAUUGAGUCAUUAUUCUUCCCUGCCCUGCAGGGGGAGACAGGAAAAAUGUCUGCUAGUGAUCCAAAUUCUGCCAUAUAUGUCACUGAUUCUGAGAAGGACAUAAAAAAUAAGAUAAACAAAUAUGCAUUCUCUGGUGGCCAAGAUUCAAUAGAGAAACACCGCCAACUUGGAGCUAAUCUUGAGGUUGAUAUACCAAUUAAAUACCUAAGUUUUUUCCUGGAGGAUGACGCUGAGCUUGAACACACAAAAAAGGAGUAUGGUGCUGGACGGAUGCUUACAGGUGAGGUAAAGCAGCGUCUUAUUGAAGUUUUAACUAAAUUGGUAGAAAGACAUCGUAGGGCUCGAGCUGCUGUGACUGAUGAAAUGGUGGAUGCAUUUAUGGCAGUGAGACCACUUCCCAAUAUGUUUAACUAAUUUUGAGACGUAGAACAGAGUCAGGCCCUGAAGAUUAUGUUGCCAUUUCUUAUGGUAAUGUCUCCAGAACAACCAAAACUAUAUCUGCAAGGUGGUUCAGAAAGUCUUUUGUUCCUGUCAAUGGUCAGUGGUCACUGCUCAGUCGUUUUGGAUCAACGCUGUAAGCUAUUCGAGCUUAUUCUCAAAUAUAUUGUUUCUGUUGAGAGCCAUAACAUAAAUGAUCUUGUUGCAAUUCUAAAGAGGUUUUGAGAUUGAUGAUAUAUAUUCUGGAUGGAUGAGAUAAUUAUUGCACUUUA